UUAUCGCUAAAUAAAGUAUAUAAAAAACAUUUUACAACUCUAAUUCUAUAUACUCCAUCAUUUUAGAUAGGUUGUGUUAUUAAACUAAUAUAGAUCAAUUUAAGCAUUACACUGUUAAAAUAUUUAUAUUAUUAAAUACAACUGUCAAGUGUUACUUAUAUAUAUAUGCACAGUUAAAAAAUUAACAAAAUGCUGUGUAAUGUCUACUUCUAUAAAUAAAUAUUAAAUGGUUCUUAAUAAUUGAAUAACAAUAAUUAUUGAUUUUUGUAAUCAUUUUAUUUUUUUAUUUAUAUUUAGUUAACAAAUUUACUUGUAAUGUUAAUUUAAAUUAAAUACAUCACAAUCUAAACAGCACAGUGCAUCAAUGAAACAAGUAUGUUUCAUUGUUAAAGAACUCCUAACAAUCUUUGAACUUGAAAAUAAUGAAAACUUCGUAAGGGAUCUAAUUGAAUUGUUACCUAUAAUUUGUGUUACCUAAAGAGAUAUUCAUAUUUAAAGGUGAAAAUUGCUGCGGUAUAAUUUGCCACCCAUAGUAAACAUCUUAUGCAAUCUUAUCUUAAUAUAUGAUUGGAAACUGCGUAAUAAUCUUAUCAGUGACAACUACAAAGUUGUGUAAAACAGAACACUUCCAUGGUACAAAUUCAUAUUGUCUUAUAACGUUUACACUUAAAAGAAUCCAAUGAGUAGUGUCAAAAAUGUGUAUCCUAUUUAUUUAUCGUAAUCCUGAUGCUAAUUCUGAGUCUUAUCGAUUAAUUUUGGCUUCGAAUCGUGAUGAAGAUAUUAAACGUCCUGCAUCCUUAGCCCAUUAUUGGAAAAAUCAUCCUGAAUGUCUGGGAGGUACUGAUAUGACACCUGGCAAAGAAGGAGGAACAUGGCUAGCCCUAUCACUAACAGGGAAGGCUGGAGUUAUUUUAAAUUUAUGUAAUGAAGAAGACUCACCUAAUACUCAGAAAAAGGGACGAGGUUUUUUAAUACCUCAAUUUGUUACUUCAAAUGAUUCUGCAAUUUCAUAUUUGCCCAAAUUACAUAAAGAAAAUCAAAAUGGUCAACCAUAUAAUCCAUAUGCUUUGGUUUUAAUUAAUUUACACAAUGCAAAUGUUGACUGCCUAAGCAGUUCUAUGAGAUCAACAGGACCUUUUUCAUGCGAAGACGCAGUACUAGGUUUCAGUAAUAGCGGCUUUGGUAUUCCUUAUAAGAAGGUCGAAGAAGGGAAAGAAAAAUUCAAAAAUAUUGUUACUAAUGUUAAAGUACGAACCCAAGCAGAGCUUAUUGAAAAUCUUCUAAAAUUUUUAAAAUCAAAAGAAAGGUAUUUACCAGAUGCAGAAUUGCAAAAGCGAUCUCCAAAAAUGUAUGAAGAACUUAGUUCUAUUUUUGUAUCUCUUAAUAAUGAUUAUGGUACACGAAGUCAUUCUGUAGUGCUAGUUACCGGAAGCGGGAAAAUUACAUUUAUCGAAGAAACGCUCAUGCCAGAUUUAACAUGGAAACGUCAAAUAUUUAAUAAUAAUUUAAUGCGCAGAAACAACUAACUAUUAUGAAAAUAAAAAUAAUGUUUGAGUUUCAAGUUUUAUAUUAAUUAUAUUACAAAUUCAAAAUAUUUACAAUAAUAUUAAUAUGUUAAUAUAAAAAAAUAAAAAUUUUAUAAAAAUAUCUUUAUCAUUGUGAAGAGUUUUUC